AUGGACCCCCGUACCAGUGCCCAGGACGUGAUGCGAUGUGACCUGUGUGAGACCGCUGUGGUACAGAUGCACUGUGAUACAUGUCUUGUCAACCUGUGUAACGCUUGUGUAGGUCAACACGUGAUUUCAGAUGAGUCAAAGAAACAUGAAAUUGUCAAAUUUCAGUCCAGGAAAUCCACUCCCCUCUACCCUAGAUGUACAACUCACAACAAACAACAAUGUACAAUGUACUGUAACCAAUGUGAUAUUCCUGUUUGUACAAAGUGUAUUGCAUCUGGUCAACACCUGAGUCACAGGAUCUCAGAAGUCUUGCAGGUUGUGGAAGAAAAAAAGAACAAAAUCAUCAAAGAACUAACUGAAUUAAAUGAAACAAUUUAUCCAACCUACCAGGACAUUGCCUCUGAUGUACAAAACACAAUGAGUCAGUUAGAAAAAGAAUAUGGAGAUCUUUCAACAGCCAUAACAAAACAUGGAGAGGACUGGCACAGAGAAAUUGACAAACUUGUCAAGAAACUUAAAGCUGAAGUUGAUGAGAUGAAAAACACACAGUUACAAACUCUACACAAACAUCUGGAUGAAAUAAACAAGACAAUGUCUGACAUCAAGGAUGAAAUUGAUUCAGUUGAAAUGGCUAUAGACACCAAUGACUUGUCAAAACUAUUUAGUGUCACUUCCAAUGUACAUAUAUACACAAACCUUCCACAAAAACUAGCACCAUCUCCAUUGAAAUUCAUUUCAGAAAAAAUUCAUGGAGAAAAACUCAGUAAGCUGUUUGGGGCCUUAUCAUUUAGUUCUUUAACUUCAGAUAAACAUGGAUACAGCAUGAAGACAACACAGAAAUCACCAGAAGCUGGAUCCUCUCCUCCAGUCAAACAGCUGCUUGAUGAACCAGAGACUGUCGCCACCAUAGACACUGGGUAUGGAGAACUUUACAAUGUGGCCUGUCUGAGUGAUGAAGAAAUCUGGACAAGUGGAAAUGGCAGCACCAUGAAACUCUACAGCAUCAAUCAAGGAUCACUACUCAAGUCAAUCACAACCAAGUCAGGGAACAUGCCAUCUGAUAUAGCAGUGACAGAAAGUGGAGAUCUAGUUUAUACUGAUUACUAUGAUAGAACUGUGAACACUGUGAAGAAUGAGAAGAUAGAGGAGGUGAUCAGACUACAGGACUGGAUACCUCGCAAUGUCUGUAGUACCUCCUCUGGUGACCUCCUGGUUAUCAUGGACAGUGAUGAUUACAAACCAACAAAAGUUGUCUGUUACUCUGGCUCCACAGAGAAACAAACCAUUCAGUUUGAUGAUAAAGGUAAAUCUCUCUAUUCAUCUGGUAGUUAUAGCAGAUACAUAACAGAGAACAGGAACCUGGAUAUCUGUGUGUCUGACUGGGGAGCUGAAGCAGUAGUGGUCGUCAAUCAGGCCGGGAAACUAAGAUUCAGGUACACUGGACAUACUCCUGCUCCAAAGAACAAACCAUUCAAUCCACUAGGAAUCACCACAGACAGUCAGAGUCACAUCCUUACAUCUGAUUAUUACAAUCACUGUGUCCACAUCAUAGACCAGGAUGGACAGUUCCUCCGUUACAUAGACUGUGGACUGAGUGAACCCUAUGGACUGUGUACAGAUACAAAUGACAAUCUAUUUGUUGCUCAAAGGGAAAACAGAAAGGUGAAGAAAAUUAAAUACAUGUGUUGAUUUUAGGGCUGUGUAUUGAGCAAAUAAAACCUAUAUGAUACAGUACAAUAUGAUAACUUAAAAGCCACUAUGCAGUAUAUCAAUGCUUUUUAAUUAGUUGUAUUUAAUAACUCCUUAUUCACAGCU